AUGAAUCCAUUGAGACCAAUAAGAGUUUAAGAGGCAUAUAGAUUUUCUUAGCUGGGUGUAAGCCAAACCAAUUUCAAAUUUGGACAAAUAUACUUCGAAUCAGAUAAAUACAUAACCAUUAGAGAGACAGCCCCAAAUGGAGAAACACAAUUGUUACAAUUCAAUUUUGAGACAAAACAAUUGAUUUCUCGUAAGCCAAACAAAGCAGAUUCUGCAAUAAUGCAUCCAGAAAAGAAUAUCAUAGCUUUGAGAGCAGCAGGUGAAUAGCCAAAUUCAACAGUGAUCUAAAUCUUCAAUUUAGAUGAGAAAUAAAGAAUAAAGAAUGUUGAGUUGAAUGAACCAAUAAUAUUUUGGAGAUGGGUGAACUUGUAAAAGUUAGCAUAUGUAACACCAACAGCAGUUUAUCAUAUCAAUAUUACAAAUCCUAAUGAACAAUAAGUUAAAGUAAUGGAUAGGUAAUAUUUAAUACUAAUAAUAUAUAAGAUCUGGAGCAUUGUCAUCAGAGAAUCCAGUUUAAAUAAUUGGAUAUGGAUUGGAAGGAAAUGAGAAAUGGUGUGCAUUAUAUGGUAUAUCAACACCAGAUGGAGGUAGAACAAUAAAUGGACAUAUUCAACUAUUUUUGAUUGAAUAAGCAAAGUAAUAAAUAUUGGAGGGACAUUGUUGUUGUUUUGGAGAUGCUUUAAUUCAUACAGAUGAUUACAAAAGUAGUUUAUUCUGUUUUGUGGAAAGAAAGUCUGGUGAGACAACUAGUAGAUUACACAUCUCAGAAAUAGGAGUACCACCUAAUGGAUUCUAAAAAUUUAAAAGAUAAGUUGAAGUUUAGACUGAUCCAAAUUAUCCAGCAGAUUUCCCAGUCUUAAUGCAUAUUAAUCAAAGAUAUGGAUUAAUUUAUGUAAUAAGCAAAUAUUCAUUUCUUACAGUUUAUGAAUUAAGCACAGCUAGUUUGAUAUUUAGAGAGGUAUAAAUAAAUUCAAAUAAUAAAAUAGAGAAUCUGUAAUGAGAAUGUGUUUGUAGGUGCUCCAAAUAUUAAUCAAGGUUAAUAUCAUAUCAUAGGUAAGGAAGGAAUAGUAUACACAAUCUCUGUAAAUGAUGAUUAAUUGGUUUCCUAUUUGAUUAAUACAUGUAGACAUAUCCCUGAAGUUAUUCAAUUAGGAUUCCGUUUAGCUAGUAGAUAUAAACUUCCAGGAGCAGAAAAUAUGUUUGUUGAUCAAUUUAAUAAAGCAAUUUUAACUGGAGAUGCUUUGAGUGCUGCUAAAAUUGCUGCAAGUGCACCUGGAACUGUUCUUAGAAAUCCAGAAAGUAUUGCUAAAUUCAAAUAAAUGUAAUAAUAACCAGGAUAACCUUAACCUCUUAUUGUUUAUUUCUAAACACUUUUAGAAAAAGGCACUUUGAACAAGUUUGAAGCUAUUGAAUUGUGUGGACCUAUUUUAUAAUAAGGAAGAAAAUAAUUUGUUGAAUAAUGGAUUGCCUAAAAUAAAUUAGAACCAUCUGAUGAAUUAGGAGAUCUCUUAAAAAGAUAUGAUGUCAAUCUAGCUAUUCAAAUCUACAAAUUAUCCAAAUCUUAUUAAAAAUUAGCAUAAUGUUAUAUGGAAACAGGAUAAAUCGAGUUAGCUAUGCAAUUAUAAUAAUAAUUUGGUGUGUCUACAGAUUAUAUGGCUAUGCUUAGAAAUAUGUUGAUGUCAUCUCCAGAAUAAGCUCUUGCCAUGGCUAAAUCUUUAUAUCAAAGAGAUUAAGGUAUCAAUGUUCAUUAAAUUGCUGAACUCUUUGAAUAAUUCUAAAGAUUACCUGAAAUGACUGCCUUCUUAGUUGAAUGUAUGAAGAACAACAGAGCUGAAGAUGGACCAUUAUAAACUAAAGUUUUAUGCUUGAAUUUAUAAGCUGCUGCUUAAGUUGCUGAUGCUAUCUUAUAAAUGAAUAUUUGGACAUAAUUUGAUAGAAUUAGAGUUGCUUAAUUAUGUGAAUAAAAGGGUCUCUAUCAAAGAGCACUUGAAAAUUAUUCAGAUCCUAAAGAUGUUAAAAGAGUCAUCUUAAAUACUCAUGCUCUACCACCUGAAUUUAUUGUUAAUUUUCUAUCUAGAGUUGAUCCUGCUUUAACUCUUUAAUGUCUCUAAGAUUUAUUAAGACAUAAUAGAUAAAAUUUAUAAGUUGUUGUUAAUGUUGCUGUUUAAAAUAAUUAAAGAUUAACAAUCCCAGCUUGUAUUAAAGUCUUUGAAUCAGUAAGUGCCUUUGAAGGAGUCUACUUAUUCUUAGGAUCUUUAAUUAAUACCACAUCUGAUAAGGAUAUCUAUUAUAAAUACAUUGAAGCUGCUGCUAAAUGCAAUUAAAUAAAAGAAUUAGAGAGAGUUAUUACAGAAAAAGGAGAUUGCUAUGAUGCUGAUAAGGUUAAAAAUUAUUUGAAAGAAUAAAAAUUAUCUGAUCCAAGACCAUUAAUCUUCUUAUGCGAUAUGAAUGGAUUUGUUGAUGAAUUAACAAGAUAUCUAUAUAAAAAUGGAUUUACAAGAUAUAUCGAAAUUUAUAUCUUUAAGGUAAAUCCAAAUGCUGCUCCUGCAGUUUUUGGUACAUUAAUUGAUUUAGAAUGUGAUGAGGUUUACUUGAAAUAAUUAUUGUAUAACAUUCGAGGAAUGUGCCCAAUAGAACCAACAGUUGAAGAAUUUGAGAAAAGAAAUAAACUUAGAGUAUUAGAAUAAUGGCUUGAAGCAAGAGUGACAGAAGGUAAUUAAAUUCCUGCUAUUCACAAUGCAUUAGCUAAAAUUAAGAUUGAUACAUCUUAAGAUCCUGAUGGAUUUUUAAUAAAUAAUCAAUUUUAUGAUGCUAAAGCAGUUGGUAAAUUUUGUGAAGAAAGAGAUCCUUAAUUAGCAGUGUUAGCUUAUAAGAGAGCUUGGGGAUAAUGUGAUUAGGAAUUAAUAAAUUUGACAAAUAAAAAUGAGAUGUACAGAGUGUAAGCAAAAUAUCUAGUAGAGAGAUAAGAUGUUGAUUUAUGGGCUGGAGUAUUGUAGGAAACAAAUCCUCAUAGAAAAAAUUUGAUUGAUUAUGUAAUUUAAGCAUUACAAGAUUCUAAAAAUGUUGAUGAAGUGUAAGCAGCUGUAAAAGCAUUUGUAUUGGCUAAGAUUCCUUAUGAAUUAUUAGGGUUAUUGGAAAAAUUAGUAUUACAUAAUCCUGAAUUUAUGUAAUACAAAUAAUUAUAAAAUUUAUUAAUAAUUACAGCAAUUCAAAGUGAUACAAGCAAGGUUUUGGAUUACAUAAAUAGAUUGGAUAAAUUUGAUCCAUAAAUAAUAGCUUAACAUUGUUUAAAUGAAGAAUACAGAUUGUUUGAGGAAGCAUUUGCAGUUUUUAAGAAAUUUAAUUUACAUAUAGAUGCAGUGAAUGUAUUACUCAGAAAUUUAGGAAAUGUUCCAAGAGCUCAUGAAUAUGCUUAAUAUGCUAGUUCAAAUGAAGUAUGGUCAUUAUUGGCUGAAGCUUAUUAUGUAUAAGGAUAAGUAAAUGAAUCUAUAGAUUGUUAUAUUAAGGCUAAUGAUUCAAGUGCAUUUUUAAAUAUAAUAAAUGUAGCUGAAUAAGAGGAUAGAUAUGAAUUAUUAGUUAAAUAUUUAUUAAUGUGUAGAUAAACAGUAAAGGAUGUAAAUAUUGAUAAUUCAUUAAUUUAUUGUUAUGCAAAAUUGGACAAGAAUUUAGAUAUUGAAUCUUUAAUUUAAUCAAGCAAUUCAGCAGAUUUAAUUAAAGUGGGAGAAAGAUGUUUUGAUCAAUAAUUGUAUGAAGCAGCAAAGAUUAUGUUCACAGCUCUUAAGAAUAAUGCGAGAAUAGCAUCAUGUUUAGUGAGAUUAAAAUAAUUUAAUAAAGCAAUAGAGGCUGCUUAAAAAGCUAAUACAUCAAAGACAUGGAAAGAAUUGUGUUUUGCUUGUGUUGAAGCAUCAGAAUUUAAAUAUGCAUCAAUUGCUGCAUAAAACAUAAUUAUUGUACCAGAUAUGUUGGAAUCUCUAAUUAAAUAAUAUGAAGAAUAUAAUGCAUAAGAAGAAAUGAUGAUAUUAUUAGAAAAUGCUUUAGGUAUGUAAAGAGCUCAUGUUGGUAUUUUUACAGAAUUGGCAGUUCUUUAUUGUCAUUAUAAAUAAAAGAAAGUUAUGGAACAUUGUAGAUAAUAUUUCUAAAAGAUGAACAUCUUAAAAGUUUUAAGAACUUGUGAAAAGAUGUGUCUCUGGAGUGAAGCUGUUUACUUACAUUAACAUUAUGAUUAACCAGAUAAUGCUAUCAAUAUUAUGAUUGAACAUUCACCAACUGCAUUUUCACAUGAUGUUUUAGUUAUGUUACUCUAAAAGAUUACUAAUACAGAUUUGUAUUAUAAAUGUAUUCUCUUCUAUCUUGAAGAACAACCUGAAUAAAUUAAUGAUUUAUUAAGAAGCAUUCAAUCUAAAAUUGAUUUAAGCAAAUUUGUUAAACUUAUGAAGAAUACUGGUUAUUUGGCUCUUGCUUUACCAUUUUUAUAAUAAAUUCAAAAUGCUAAUAAUAAAGAUGUCAAUGAUGCUUUAAAUCAACUUUAUUUAGAUAUUGAAGAUUAUGAAAAUCUUAGAGAAUCAGUUAAAAAUUAUGAGAACUUUGAUUAAUUAGCUUUGGCAUAAAAAACAUAAUCUCAUGAAUUAGUUGAAUUCAGAAGAAUUGCUGCUUAUCUUUAUAGAAAGAUAUAGAAAUAUGAUUUAUCAAUGAAUUUAAGUAAAUAAGAUUAAAUGUACAGGGAUGCAAUUGAAACAGCAUAAGAAUCCUAAAAUGUCAAAUUAGUUUAUGAAUUAUUAGAAUUCUUCAUUUAAAAUAAAGAGAGUGAAUUCUUUACUGUUUGUCUCUACACAUGUUAUGAUUUANUUAUUGUUAUGCAAAAUUGGACAAGAAUUUAGAUAUUGAAUCUUUAAUUUAAUCAAGCAAUUCAGCAGAUUUAAUUAAAGUGGGAGAAAGAUGUUUUGAUCAAUAAUUGUAUGAAGCAGCAAAGAUUAUGUUCACAGCUCUUAAGAAUAAUGCGAGAAUAGCAUCAUGUUUAGUGAGAUUAAAAUAAUUUAAUAAAGCAAUAGAGGCUGCUUAAAAAGCUAAUACAUCAAAGACAUGGAAAGAAUUGUGUUUUGCUUGUGUUGAAGCAUCAGAAUUUAAAUAUGCAUCAAUUGCUGCAUAAAACAUAAUUAUUGUACCAGAUAUGUUGGAAUCUCUAAUUAAAUAAUAUGAAGAAUAUAAUGCAUAAGAAGAAAUGAUGAUAUUAUUAGAAAAUGCUUUAGGUAUGUAAAGAGCUCAUGUUGGUAUUUUUACAGAAUUGGCAGUUCUUUAUUGUCAUUAUAAAUAAAAGAAAGUUAUGGAACAUUGUAGAUAAUAUUUCUAAAAGAUGAACAUCUUAAAAGUUUUAAGAACUUGUGAAAAGAUGUGUCUCUGGAGUGAAGCUGUUUACUUACAUUAACAUUAUGAUUAACCAGAUAAUGCUAUCAAUAUUAUGAUUGAACAUUCACCAACUGCAUUUUCACAUGAUGUUUUAGUUAUGUUACUCUAAAAGAUUACUAAUACAGAUUUGUAUUAUAAAUGUAUUCUCUUCUAUCUUGAAGAACAACCUGAAUAAAUUAAUGAUUUAUUAAGAAGCAUUCAAUCUAAAAUUGAUUUAAGCAAAUUUGUUAAACUUAUGAAGAAUACUGGUUAUUUGGCUCUUGCUUUACCAUUUUUAUAAUAAAUUCAAAAUGCUAAUAAUAAAGAUGUCAAUGAUGCUUUAAAUCAACUUUAUUUAGAUAUUGAAGAUUAUGAAAAUCUUAGAGAAUCAGUUAAAAAUUAUGAGAACUUUGAUUAAUUAGCUUUGGCAUAAAAAACUUAAUCUCAUGAAUUAGUUGAAUUCAGAAGAAUUGCUGCUUAUCUUUAUAGAAAGAUAUAGAAAUAUGAUUUAUCAAUGAAUUUAAGUAAAUAAGAUUAAAUGUACAGGGAUGCAAUUGAAACAGCAUAAGAAUCCUAAAAUGUCAAAUUAGUUUAUGAAUUAUUAGAAUUCUUCAUUUAAAAUAAAGAGAGUGAAUUCUUUACUGUUUGUCUCUACACAUGUUAUGACUUAUUGAAACCUGAUUAAGUUAUGGAAUUGACUUGGAGAUCAGGUUUAAUGGAGUUUGCUAUGCCUUAUUUCAUUUAAAUCACUUGGGAAUUAACUCAUAAGAUAGAAUAUGUUUAGAAAAAGCAUGAAGAUAGAGAAAAGAAAGUAUUAUUCAUAUUUAUAUUUUUAGGAAAUAUAAACUGCUUAAUAAUAAUAAUCAUAAGCUUUACCAAUUGCUUAAGAUUUCUUAUUAAAUUAAGGAUAAUUGAUGUUGGGACCACCCAGUCAAAUGAGUAGCAGUAAUUUAGGCUUUGGAUAGCAAUCUGGAUUUGGAAAUUCAACAAUGAGUUAAGCUCCUAUGGGUUAUGGAGGAUAAUAAUUUGGAUCGUAUUAACCACCAGGUUUUUGACCAAGUUAAAUAUAUUAAAAAUAAAAC